AUGUCCCAGCCCUCGAAGAUUGCAGCCAACAGCCCGUCCCGGGCCUCGCCUUCGGAGAUCGAGACCUCGGUCAACAAUGCCCUCGAGGACCUCCAGAACAACAUCUCCGAUAUGAGGAGCUCCUUGCGCCCUCUCCAAUUCGUCUCCGCUCGCGAGAUCGAGGUUGGCCACGGCAGGAAGGCGAUUGUCAUCUUCGUUCCUGUUCCCCUGCUCCAGGGCUGGCACAAGAUCCAGCAGCGUCUCACCCGUGAGCUCGAGAAGAAGUUCUCCGACCGUCACGUCAUCUUCAUUGCCUCCCGUCGCAUCCUUCCGCGUCCCAAGCGCUCGAACCGCUCCCGCUCGACCCAGAAGCAGAAGCGACCGCGAUCCCGAACCCUCACUGCUGUCCACGACGCCAUCCUCACCGACCUCGUCUACCCGGUCGAGAUCGUUGGCAAGCGUCUCCGAACCAAGGAGGAUGGCAGCAAGCUCAUGAAGGUCGUGCUUGACGAGAAGGAGCGUGGUGGGGUCGACUACAGGCUGGAUACCUACUCGGAGGUCUACAAGCGCCUUACCGGCAAGGCCGUCAAUUUCGAGUUCCCCCAGAGCGUUUCUACGGACUACUAGGUGGCUGGUUGGUCAUACAUGGGUCUGGAGUUAGGCUUCGGACGUGCAUUAUGCGUACUCGGCAUUAAAAAUAAGAUGAUAUGAGCCUGCAUUAGGGCGUCGGAUACCAUUUUUCAAUUGAUUUCUGGAUGUGAAUUACGUGGACUUUUGUACCCUUUUGUGAGACCUUGGUUCUAGCUGUCUUCUCAUCCUUUUACUGCCUGUCUAGCUCUGGGUAAUGCCGGAAAAUACCCAUGCUGUACGGCUUGCGCCUAUCGCUCGCUAGGUAUUCCUCUAAGCGGCCAUGCUUCUGCACGCUAGGGUAGAAGGUUCCAAACAGCAACGGAUAGUCCUUCUCCCUUGCCUCCAAUUCCUUCGGAAAGGCGAAUUUGAGUCCAUUGAGCACAUGCCAGACGGUUGUAUCGGCAUAGCUCAGCUU